AUGGCUUCAACUAUUCCGAUGUCCACUGACUUCUCCGGCGCUAAGACAAGUCCAUAUUUUGUGGAAGGGAGGGGACAGAACGUGUACUGGCAGAACUGCUGGGCUAAGGUGUAUGGCAAGGGCCAUUCCGAGUCGAGAGAACAGUACCCUCGAGGCGGGCAGCUCGGUUAUGUCUGCCGUGUGAGUUUAGGACUGGAGCGAGGGCCAAACCCUCCACUCUCCCUCCCGGACGGCGUAUCGCUGCGCUAUAUCGCCGUGCUCCUUGUCAUCGCGCUAACCAGGUUCUAG